AUGGCCAACAAGAGAAUUGUUACCGAACUUGGCCAAGUGUCGACCAACCCUGUGCCGGGCACUCAGGUGCAGCUCGCCGAAGAGGGCAACGUCUUUCUCUGGGAAGUCAUCAUGCAGGGCCCCGAGGACUCUGUCUACGCCAACGGCAAGUUCAAGAUCGAAGUCGCACUGCCCAAGGAGUACCCCUUCAAACCACCCACCGUCUCGUUCAAAACCAAGAUCUAUCACCCCAACGUCAGCAACGAUGACAAGGGCAGCAUGUGCCUCGGCAUGCUCCGUUCCGACCAAUGGAAGCCACCAAACAAGAUUCGCGACGUUCUGAUCCUCGUCCGUCAGAUCCUCUCUGCCCCUCAACCUGAUGAUGCCGUCGAAAGUAGAAUCGCCGACGAGUACAAGAAUCACCCUGAGGUCUUUGAAAAGAACGCAAAGGACUUUGUCGCAAAGUACUGCAAGUAG